UUCUAAAGUUGAGCCUUCAUUGAUCCUGCCUUUUGCUCCCAUUGAAGACGAACCAAUGUCAUCUUUGACGGUUGAAAAGACUAAAGUUACUUCAACUGACACUUCACCUCCAAUACCAUCUCUUGUCAGUGAGGCAAAAACCAAAGAAGUAGGUUUACAACCUACUGGAGACACCAGAAGUGUCGAAGAAAGAAAUCUGACGUGAGUUUGUACAGCUAUGGUUUGCUUGGACACAAACGACACCACCCUGGUCACUUUCGCGAUGAUCCAGUAGGUUUUAUGAUGCAAAUGGGUGCUUUUUAUCAAGGAACGGGCUGGAGAAGUUACAAAAAUUAUAUAGGAACACGGAUAUUAUAUGAAGGAUAUACAGAAGAAGUUAAAGAACGAGUUCUUAAUAGUGAACGUGUCCUUUAUAUGAUUGCUUAUUUGGCCGAAAAACAGGCAAAUCUACUUGCUCAAACAAUACCAAAUGCAACUUCAAAAAUGAUUGCAAGAAGGAAGAAAUUACUAGAAAAGGAAUUACAAGCUGUUGCAAAUGGGAUGGUUGAUAAAUUAGUAGCUGAUCUUAAUAGUUUGAGAUUUAUUAGACUUUUCGGUUUCUUUGUAAAUAAUAUACUAGUAAGGAUGUAUCAUCAGGGAGUUCACAUAUCAGAACGCGAGUUUCUUGAGCUUCGUCGGGUGGCUAUUCAUGCUGCUCAAAAUUCGCAAUCUCUUAUUAUUCUUCCUUGUCACAAAUCUCAUAUCGAUUAUCUUGUCAUAUCUUAUAUGUUUUUCCGAUUGGGUCUAGCACUUCCACAUAUUGCCGCAGGAAAUAAUCUUGAUUUACCAAUUGUUGGUAGGAUUCUUAAACGAGGUGGUGCAUUUUAUAUCCGUCGUUCUUGGGGAGAGGAUCAACUUUAUGGAAGUGUAGUUAAAGAAUAUCUAGAGGGUUUAUUGGAACGUGGUCAUAAUAUUGAAUGUUUCAUAGAAGGAACCAGAAGUAGGACUGGAAAAUUGUUACCACCGAAGUUGGGUAUUUUAAAAAUUGUAUUGGAUUGUAUACUAUCGGGAAGAGCAAAGGAUUGUUGGAUUGUUCCCAUGUCUAUCCAAUAUGAUAAAGUGAUCGAGACAGAGACUUAUGUCAAUGAAUUAUUAGGAAAUCCCAAAGAAAGGGAAAGUUUAUGGGGUAUAGUAACUAAUACAAGAUUAUUACAGUUGAAGUGGGGUCGAAUUGACGUGCGAUUUGCCAAGCCUUAUUCUCUUCAAGGAUUUAUUAAUGAACAGAUUGGGAGAAGAAAAUCAUUUGAUCCAAAUAGUGAACAACAAAAAAUUACGUUAUUGAGAGCUCUUGGCUACCAGGUUUUGUCAGAUAUUAAUUCAGUUUCAGUAGUAAUGCCGACCGCUCUUGUCGGUACCGUAAUAUUGACAUUACGUGGUCGAGGAGUUGGUAGAAAUGAAUUAAUUAGACGUGUAGAAUGGUUAAGAACCGCAAUCCUAGCUAAGGGAGGACGAGUAGCAGAUUUUAGUGGUAUGACCAUAGGAGAGAUAGUUGAUAGAGCUAUCACUGUAUUAAAAGAUUUAAUUAAAGAACGAAAAGAGUUGUUGGAACCAGUUUUUUAUGCCGAAAAAAGAUUUGAAUUAAGCUUUUAUCGAAAUCAGGUGAUGCAUCUGUUUGUAUCAGAGGCCAUUGUUUCUGCAGCAAUGUAUACAAAAAUAAAACAGGGAGGAGCAAAAUCAACACAGCGACUUCAUAUAUCUACACUUUUAGAUGAAGUGACAUUUUUAUCACAGUUGUUGAAGGUUGAAUUUGUAUAUCAACCGGGUGAGAUCGAAAUAAAUUUGGAGAAUACAAUAAAGGGAUUAAUAAAUGACCAAGUCAUGAAACUUGAAGGCGAAUAUGUUUUAUUAUCUGAUAGGGAAAGAGCGAUUGGACGAGAGAACUAUGAUUUUUACUGCUUCCUGAUAUGGCCGUUUAUUGAAACAUAUUGGUUAGCAGCUAUUAGUUUAUUCUCUAUGACACCAACUAAUUCUCCUCAACCUACAACAACAAUCGUAAACAAAACUACGUCAAAAAAACCUGUUCCUAUAAUAUGGUUUAAUGAACAAGAUUUUCAUAAUAAAUGUCAAAUAUUUGGCAAAACUUUAUAUUAUCAGGGAGAUUUAUCAUAUUUUGAAGCUAUAAAUAAGGAAACGUUAAAAAAUGCAUUUAUUAGAUUAGAAGAAGUAGGACUUAUAAUGGUAAAACGUAGUCACAACACAAAAGUAAUGACAACAAUUGCAUUAUCUCCUGAUUAUAUACCAACAAGGAAUUCUGAAGGAGCGAUAGAACCAAAGGGUAAAUUAUGGGAUUUAGUUGAAAGAAUUGGUAAAUUUCGUAGAGAAGGAAAAAACCGCAGAGAUAACGCUACUGUAAGCUCACGUGUAUUAAGAUUAGCUGAAAUAGUAGGUACACCUACCACGGCUGAUGUUGUUGUAAUGACUAAUUUAAUGAGUAGACCGGUUAAAGCCGGUAAACCAGAGGCCAAACUUUAACUCGUUUCUUAUACUCCUCAAAUAAUAUUAUUAUUUAUUCAUAUAUAGAAAUUUAUAAUAUUUUUUGAAAAAUUGGUAAAAAAUGAUUGUCCUAUUUAAAAAAAAAUAAAAAACGAAAAAUUUAAAGCGAAAAAAAAAAAAAA